AUGACGAACGAUAAGGUACUAAUUGGAGCCAUUGAUCAGGGCACUUCUAGCACUCGAUUUUUGAUUUAUCAAUUCAACCCUAUGAAAAUUAUUGCUAGCCAUCAAAUUGAGAUCAAGCAGUAUUUCCCACAAUCGGGAUGGAUGGAAAUUGAUCCUGAAGAAGUAAUCUUUACAGUGAUAAAAUGUAUGGAUGAAUGUUAUAAAGUAAUUCAAGAUAGAGCUAAUUUAGAGUCCACACAAAUCAAAGCAGUUGGAAUAAGCACUCAACGAGAAACAACUGUUUUAUGGGAUAGUGAAACAGGUAAGGCUCUUUACAAUGCAAUAGUUUGGCUGGAUAGUCGAACUGCUGAUCUAGCAUUAGAAUUUAUCGACAAAACAACUUGCAAGCAAGAUAUUACUGGUCUUCCUAUACAUCCAUACUUUAGUGCUCUGAAAAUUCGCUGGCUUUUAGAUAAUGUUCCGAGUGUGCAAAGUGCUUUGAAACGAGGGAAAUUGAUGUUUGGUACAAUAGAUUCGUGGAUAAUUUAUAAACUAACAGGACGGCACAUUACAGACGUUACGAAUGCCAGCAGAACACUUUUAAUGUCUAUUAAGGCAUUAAAUUGGGAUAAGAGUCUCUGUGAUUUUUUUCAAAUUUCAAUGGAUAUUUUGCCUAAAAUACAUUCUUCCGCUGAAAUUUACGCUACGAUAAGCACAGGCUGCUUUAAAGGAGUACCAUUAUCAGGUAGUUUGGGAGACCAACAAGCUGCAUUGUUCGGUGAGCACUGCUUGGAAUUGAGUGAAACAAAGUGUACAUAUGGUACAGGUACAUUCAUGCUUACCAAUAUUGGCAAUAAUAUAAUUAUCAGCAAAAAUGGUCUCCUUACUACAGUAGCUUAUCAACUUGGCCCAAAUGCAGAAGUGUGUUAUGCGCUUGAAGGUUCUGGUUCGAUUGGUGGAAAUGCUAUUCGGUUUCUACGUGAUAAUUUGCAAAUUAUUCAAGAUGCAUCUGAAGUGGAAUCAGCAGCGUUUUCUGUGUCAGAAACAAAUGGUGUUGUUUUUGUACCUUGUUUUACUGGACUAUAUACACCGUACUGGGAUUCAACAGCUCGAGGUAUUCUUUGCGGUCUUACACAAACGAGUAAAAAAGCUCAUAUCGUUCGAGCUGCUCUUGAAGCUGUUUGUUUCCAAACUAAAGAAAUGAUCGACGCUGUUCAAGCUGAUUUGCCCCAUGAUUGGAAAAUCAAAACACUCAAAAUUGAUGGUGGUAUGACGGUGAGUUCAAUGUUCCCACAAUUACUGAGUGAUAUUGUGGGAUUAGAUGUAAUCAAGUCAGCUCACACUGAGGCUUCUUGCUGGGGUGCUGCAAUGGCUGCUGCUAUUGGCGCAAAUAUUAUAAGUUUUCAAGAAGCUAAAGGAUAUCGCGUGAAAGACGUACACAUUCAGAAAGCUAACAUAUCAACAGAACAACGUCAGCUGAUGAUCCACAGGUGGAAAGAAGCGAUACGUCGAGCACGCGGCUGGCUUCACACAGAUUAG